GGAAGGCUCCAAUGCCGCGACCUCACUACAAACCCCAAGAACCCAACGGCUGUAGUUCCUAUUUUCUGGGGCUCAAGCUAGAUUUAGGCAUCCCUGCCAUGACCAAGUGCUGUAAUCAGCUGGACGUUUGUUACGACACCUGCGGGGCCAACAAAUACCGCUGCGAUGCCAAGUUCCGCUGGUGCCUCCACUCCAUCUGCUCCGACCUCAAGCGCAGUCUCGGGUUCGUCUCCAAGGUGGAAGCUUGUGAGUCCGUCGCAGACGCAGUGUUCAACGCCGUCUGGACCCUGGGCUGCCGGCCCUUCAUGAACAGCCAAAGGAGCGCCUGCAUUUGCAACGAGGAAGAACGAGAUGAAUUGUGA